CUCCCUCUCUCACUCUGAAAAGUUUCCACUUGUGUUCUUGAUUCUCCAUCUCUUCCGGAAACAAUGCUUGGGGCAUCUGUCAACGGCGGAAUGCCCUUCACCGGCAAGAACAGAGCAAGUUUCUUCGUCUUCUCCUUGCUGUCCGUGUGGUCAUCUCUGUUUUCGUGUUCUCGUGCGGCAAAUUCGAUCUCGCGAGGGCAGUUGGUCAGAGCUGGCGAGACUCUGAUUUCUUCUUCCGGGAUUUUCGAACUGGGCUUCUUUAGCCCUGCGAAUUCGUCUCUUAGAUAUGUUGGUAUUUGGUACCACAAGAUAAGUGUUAAAACAGUCGUGUGGGUGGCGAACAGGGAGAGCCCUGUUUCUGAUGAAUCUGGAGUUUUGACAGUUUCCAGUGAUGGAAAUUUGGUGGUUUUAGAUGGGCCAGAUCGCACAGUUUGGUCUAGUGGCAUAAAUUUUUCCUCUGUGCCCACCAGCUCGACAGCUGUUUUAAUGGAUGAGGGAAAUCUAGUUCUUUUGGCCAGUGAAGAUGCUGAUUCUGCUAGUGCUGAUGGUGAUGUCAGCAAUUCAUACUGGCAAAGCUUUGAACACCCGACGGACACGUACUUGCCCGGCAUGAGAGUGAGGGUGAAUUCUGCUGCCGGAGAGAACCGUGCCUUUAGGUCAUGGAGAUCGUCCAACGACCCUUCCCCUGGGAACUUCUCUCUGGGCGUCGAUCCCCGGGUACCGCCGCAGAUAGUGAUCUGGGGCCAGUCAGGCCGGCUAUGGAGGAGCGGGCAUUGGAAUGGGCUGAUUUUCACUGGAGUGCCGAAUAUGACGAGCAGUUUUCAAUACGGGUUCAGGCUCUCGAGCGCCGAGGCUGAUGGAAGCAUGUACUUCACGUACACGCCGUUGAAUAGCUCCCAUCUCUUGAUGUUCCAUAUACUUUGGAAUGGGACGGAGGAGCAGCUAGGCUGGGAUGAGACUAGUAAUGAGUGGAUUGUGCUACAAGAACAGCCUGCUAAGGAAUGUGACCUCUACAAUAAGUGUGGACAGUUUGCAAUAUGUAACGAAAUGGACUCUCCUAAAUGUAGCUGCAUGGAGGGGUUCCGUCCGACGUCACCGGAUCAAUGGAACAAGGGUAACUGGUCUGCAGGUUGUGCUCGGAAGACCAACUUACAGUGUCAGGAUAACAUCGGCAUUUCAGCAGGAGAUGGCGGCAGGAUGGACGGCUUUUUGGAAUUGGAUGGUGUGAAGUUGCCGGAUUUCGCAGAUUAUGUUUCAGCCACUAGCGGGGACGAGUGUCAGGUGAAGUGUCUGGAGAAUUGUUCUUGCAAAGCUUACACAUUUGUUAGAGGCACCUGGUGUAUGCUGUGGAGCGCGGAUUUGAUCGAUGUGCAGCAUUUCGCUGUGGGUGGAUUGACCCUCCAAAUUCGUCUUGCCUAUUCUGACUUAGGAACAAAGAGCAAAAUAUCCAACCUCUUCAUAAUAAUUACUGUCUUGGUUGGAGCAUUUGUUCUCGGUGUAGCAGUAUGGUUGCUGUGGAGGUUCAAGGACAAUUUGAAAGGAUUCUGGAUUUUCAAUCGCAAAGACAAGGAGCUUCCUUUGUGUGAUUACAUUGUUAAGAACGAAGAGCCAUAUGCUGAUAUGUCCGGACCAGAUAAGCAAGCAGGAGGACCUGACAUACCAGUGUUCAACUUCAGUUCCAUAGAAGCUGCGACGAAUGUCUUUUCUGAAGAAAACAUUCUCGGACUGGGAGGAUUCGGUCCCGUUUACAAGGGAAAGCUUCCUGGAGGACAGGAAAUUGCCGUUAAGAGGCUUUCGAGGAAGUCAAGCCAAGGGGUCGAGGAAUUUACGAAUGAGGUCAAGGUUAUUGCUAAAUUACAACAUAGAAACCUUGUGAGACUCCUUGGAUUCUGCGUUCAGGGCGAAGAUAAGAUGCUUGUUUAUGAGUACAUGCCAAACGGGAGCUUGGAUUAUUUUAUUUUCGAUCCAGCGAAGCGAGCGCAACUGGACUGGAAGAAACGUUUUGAGAUUAUUGAAGGCAUAGCACGAGGCCUCCUCUAUCUCCAUCGAGACUCUAGACUAAGGAUUGUUCAUCGUGACCUGAAAGCCGGUAACAUUUUGUUGGACGAAGACAUGAACCCGAAAAUAUCAGACUUUGGCAUAGCGAAAAUAUUCAAUGGCGAUAAAAACGAAUUGAGUACCGAACGAAUGGUUGGCACGCGUGGUUACAUGUCUCCAGAGUAUGCGAUGGAAGGUCUAUUUUCAUUCAAAUCCGAUGUGUACAGCUUCGGGGUAUUAUUACUGGAGAUCAUCAGCGGCGAGACAAACAUUGGCUUUCGUACGCCGGAACAUUUUACUCUUAUUGGCCAUGCUUGGCAUCAUUGGAAUGAAGGGAAGGUGAUGGAACUAAUCGAUCCUUGUAUCAGGGACACGUGCUCUGCGGAUGAGUUAUUACGAUGCAUACAAGUCGGACUAUUGUGUGUGCAAGAAUCCGCCAUAGAUAGACUGGACAUGCCUAAUGUUGUGCGACUAUUAGAAAGUGAAACAGCAGGCCUCCCCCUCCCGAAACCACCCAGGUCAAUCUCGACCAGGGGCUCCAUACAUUCAUAUUCUUCGGGUGAAACAGCAGGUCUUCCCUCCCCGAAACCACCCAGCUUAACCUCAAACACGGGCUCCAUGGAUACUUAUUCUUCGUUUGAAAGCCAAGAAAUUGAGUCAUGGAACGGCGUAACAGUUAGCUCGGGGGAUGGCAGAUAGGGCCAAUGUGAUUCAUUCGUGUUGUUACAUCUGUUUGUUCUUGUGAUCUUUACAAUAAGAGAAGUGUUCUUGAAAUUGUGCAGAUGUAUUUUGGUCAAAAGGACGCACGUGAAGUAGAAAAAUCACAACUUGAUUGACUGCUCUUGAUAUGAAGUGUCUUGAUUGCUUUUUAAACU